UUUUAGAUCAGGAAAUACAAAAUGAAAUACUAAAGGAGACAGCCAAAAAAUACAAUGCUCAAGAUUUAUAUAAAGAUAAAAUGGUACCAUUGAACAAUGAAAUAUUCUCCUCUCGAUUCCUUCCUGUUGAAAAACUGGCUAUACAUGAUACGAUAAUUAAAUUAGCUAAUGACAAAAAAUGUCUGCAGCAUGAAGAUGUAACAAAUGAAAAAUGUUCUAGAGAUGCCAGGAAACUUUGCAAAGAAGUAGCCUCACGUAGGAAUAUUCCGAUCAAUAACAAAAAUUAUAACGAGAUGCUGAAGGAUGUAAUAGGAAACCAAAUGACCCUUUUUGAUGACGAUACAGAAACAAGUCAUGAUAUUGGAUCGGCCGCCACUUCUAAAUCAAGCAAGCGAAAGAUUAACAAAAAAGACAAGAGUCGGCACAAGAAGCAUAAAAAACAUAGGAAAGAAAAAUGACAGAUGCCAACGAUACUAAUUGAUUUUAAAAAAAUGUCACGAGAUUAUAACUGAUUAGAUUUUCUAAGAAUCCUUAUAUCCCUUCCGGUGUAGCAAGCGUGUGCUCACGUGAUCAUAAUUAUUCUACGAGUUUUUUUUAUAUAAGAUUUUAUUUUCUACCAUAUAAAUAAAUAUCAUUUCGGUUAUAUAAAAAUGUAUCACAUAUACAAAAAUCUGCAAUUGUAUAUAAAUUCGUUCAAAUAAAGAAAACCCAGUCAACAUGUUAUUAAAUCGAAAUUGGUAAAUGAAUUACAAAAUAAUGGUAAA